AUGCCAACGGCUCAGGUGAGGGUCGAACUAGAUGGCAGAAAAUAUGGUCCUAUACGUGCACUUAUAGACACAGGUGCACAGCCCAAUCUAAUAAGCCAUCAGUUACAAAAUAGGUUAUCAUUGAGCAAAACAGCAGUUACACGCAGGUUGAUUGGAGUGGAAGGGGAACCCUUUCACAUUAAAUACAAAACUACGCUCAAGGUAAGCCCAUGGUUUAACUCGCAGGACACAAUAGAGCAAGAAUUUUAUAUACUACCGCAGAAUAGUAAAUGGCAACCAGUUGUGCCUACACACGAUUUGGAAAUGCCAAAGAUGGAUAUUGUAGGGCGGCCGUUGGCUGACCCUGAGUUUUGGAAGGCUGGUCCCGUGGACCUGUUGCUAGGUUGCAGGUUUGCGGCAGCAUCUUUUCUGUCCAUUUUAGACAGACAGGCAAGUAGAUUAUUGUGCAUUGAAACGCUGUUUGGGAAGGUUGUCUUAGGAGAAUUUGAAGGGAAAGCAAUAGUCAAUACAGAGCAGGGGUUGAAUAUUAUAGCAAUAGAUAAUAACCAACUGCAUGAAUCCCUCAAACGAUUAUGGCAGUUGGAUGACAUUGAAUCGUUAUCAAACAGAUCACAGGAGCAAGAACAGGUAGAACAGAAUUUCAUCAAUACGUAUUCACGUGAUGAUUCUGGUAGAGUUAUUGCCACAAUUCCUUUAAAGGAAUCAGCAGGGGAGAUUGGUAGUUCAGAACUUAUGGCAAAACGAAGGUUUUUAGCUUUGGAAAGGAAAUUACAGAAUGAUUUAGGAACAAAACAAAAAUAUGUUGAUUUCAUGAGGGAAUAUGAAAGGAUGGGUCACAUGACACCAGUGACUGGUGCGACUCACAGCAGAAUAAUAUACCACAUACCGCACCACUGUGUUGCGAAGAAGUUCAGAGUCGUAUUCGACGCUAGCUGCAGGACAAUGAAGGGAAUUUCGCUUAACGAAGUGCAAAUGUUAGGUGAAAAGUUACAAAAGGAUCUACAUGAGAUUCUGAUGCGCUUCAGAAGGCAUCGAGUAGCAAUAAGUGCAGACAUAAAGAUGAUGUUCCGCAUGGUGAAGAUUGCAAGAGAACAAUGGGACUUGCAAAGAAUUUUUUGGAGGGAAAAUCCCAAUGACAGGUUGAAGGAAUAUUGGCUCACUGUAGUCACCUAUGGCAUGACGUCUUCGGCACAUAAUGCUGUUCGAGCAUUGAUACAAUGUGCGAAGGAUGCAGAACAUGAAUUUCCCGAUGCAGCUAGAGCUAUAAUUGAGGAUUUCUAUAUGGAUGACUGCACUACAGGUGCUGAUUCUGAACAGAAAGCGAUCGAGUUAUCGAAAGACAUCGAUCAAGUAUUGAAGGGUGCAGGGUUUGAGCUCAGGAAAUGGAAAUCGAAUUCCAAAGCGUUAGUAAGGAAUAUGAAUUAUGAAGAACAGGAAUCAAUUUUGUUUGAAGAUGAUGAGAAAUCUUCAAUAUUAGGCAUUAAAUGGCUAUUAGAAAAGGAUCAGUUCACAUUUGUGGUGAAAUCACCAGUGACUGAGCAGGCAAUGACAAAAAGAAAGAUAGUAAGUUGCGUGGCUCAGCUUUAUGAUCCUAAUGGAUUUAUAGCACCCGUAACGAUAGUAGGAAAAAUUCUUAUUCAAGAUAUAUGGCGACUAAACGUCGACUGGGAUGAGAGAUUACCGAAGGAAAUAGAAAAAAGAUAG